UGCUUCACAACGCUCCACCUCAGAAACGCUCCAGAGCUCCUACCGGCUUCUCGGAGUCCGCUGGAAUCGGCGUUAGACGCACGCGGAGCACCGAGACAAGGACGGCAUCCAAACCUUCACUCCGGGAGGAUGGCGCCAACGGCUUCCGUGACGAAAGAAACGACCUGAAACCCCCACGCUGACCGAGAAGACUUGUUUCCUCCCCGAAAUGCUGAUUUUUUCCAUCAACCAGCUUCUCUCAGACCCAUGUGGCAGUUCUUACGAGAACACUGUGGAAAAUGCAGACAGGCUUGGACCGUCAGGGGAAUUUCAAACAAAAGAUUCACAAUUGAGUCAUGAAUGAUGUCCAGACGACUAAGUCCUUAAGCAAGCCAUGAGACUAAACGGAUCAAGCGAAACGUUGCAUUUAAACCACAUCUUGGCCUUUUAUCUACAUGACCAAAGCAGUUACACUUUCAGGAAGCGUACGCGAUUCCUAAAAAUAUGACCUCACGCUAAAAGGCAGCCCGCCCCCCCUCUGUGGAUGAUGGAACAUAAUCAGAUUUGGACUCUUUUCAAUGAGCCUGGAGUGUGUGAAGUCACAUGAUUUUUCCUUGAGUGCGAGAUUUGAUGCUGCAUGUGGAAAUGUUAAGGCGAGGACUGCUAACCUGGGUGUCCCGUGUCGGGGGUUUGCUGGUGCUUCUCUGCUGCUCCCUGUCCCUUCUUUAUGUCAUGACAUGUAGCCCUCCACAUUCCGACAACCCCCCGCUGACUCAUGUGUUACCCCACGCCGGAUCAAACCACGCCAAGUUAGGGUUAAUCAUCGGAGGGGGGACUGGGGAGAUAGGGGGAGCUCGGGCGCCUGCCCAAAGCCCACCGGGAGCCCACUCUUACCAGGUGCUCCUGCAAGAGCGAGAGGAGCAGCACCGCCUCUACAUCUCCUCCUUAAAGAAGCAGAUAGCUCAGCUGAAAGAAGAUUUGCAAGAACGCAGCGAGCAGCUGAAAAAGGUGCAGGACAGCCUCAAAAGAGACACUGGGGGUCCAGCAGCGAGGAAGGAGUCAGGUACUGAAUCACAGGGAGGGGGCCAUGGAGACGUUCAGGGGGUUAAAAGCCAUCAGUCUGACCUCCAGGAGUUUUUGAGGAGCCAACUGGCAAAGGCUGAAGUCCUGUCAGGCACCAGAUUCCCCAGCGAAUAUGCAGUGGUGCCUUUUGAGAGCUUCACCUUGCAAAAGAUGUACCAACUGGAGAUGGGGCUCACCCGUCACCCCGAGGAGAAGCCUGUGCGGAAGGACAAAAGGGAUGACCUGGGGGAGGUGAUGGAGGUGGCUCUGCGCAGUCUCAACACCCCCCCAUCGCCACAGGACAGCAGGGAUGCAGCAGGAAAACGUGAAACUAGCAAAGUCUACACGCCGUCCGACUUCAUAGAAGGUAUCACUCGCACAGAGAAGGACAAAGGGUCGUUGUAUGAGCUGACCUUCAGAGGCGAGUCGACCAGUGAAUUCAAGCGUCUGACGCUCUUCCGGCCUUUUGGACCCCUGAUAAAGGUCAAAAACGAGAGGGUGGACACGGCCAACGUCCUCAUCAACAUCAUUGUCCCGCUGUCCAGACGCACCGACAAGUUCAAGCAGUUCAUGCACAACUUCAGGGAAGUCUGUGUGCGUCAGGAUGGCCGGGUCCAUUUGACUGUGGUGUAUUUUGGGAAGGAGCAGAUGAGUGAAGUCCGUAGCACUUUGGAGAACACGUCCAGGGAGGUCAAUUUUAAAAACUACACACUGCUGCAGCUGGAUGAAGAGUUUUCCAGGGGCCGUGGUUUGGACGUCGGCGCCCGAGCUUGGAAGGCGGGCAACGUGCUGCUCUUCUUCUGCGAUGUAGACAUCUACUUCAACGCUGAUUUCCUCAACACUUGCAGAAUCAACACACAGCCAGGUAAAAAGGUGUUCUACCCAGUCUUGUUCAGCCAGUACAACCCGUCUCUGAUCUACGGAGGUCCAGAUCACAUCCCGCCUGUGGAGCAACAGCUGGUGAUCAAGAAAGACACCGGGUUCUGGAGAGACUUUGGAUUCGGCAUGACUUGCCAGUAUCGAUCCGACUUCAUCAACAUAGGAGGUUUCGACAUCGACAUCAAAGGCUGGGGUGGCGAAGACGUCCACCUGUACAGGAAGUACCUGCACAGCAACCUUCUGGUGGUUCGAGCCCCAUCGCGGGGCUUGUUCCACCUGUGGCACGAGAAGCACUGUGUUGAUGAGCUCCCGCCGGACCAGUACCGCAUGUGCAUGCAGUCCAAAGCCAUGAACGAGGCCUCCCACGGCCAGCUAGGGAUGCUCUUCUUUAGGCAAGAGAUCGAAGCUCAUCUCCGCAAGCAGAAGCAGCAGCCAAACGCCCAAAAAAUCUAAAGACUGGAGGAGGACGGGGUUUAAAGGACUGCAAUCUGUUUAAAAACAAUGUGAUGAAUGCAAAUAUCCCGCUGUUGCGUCUGCAGCUAUAAUUCGGUAGAUGAAGACUUGACUUUUGAGAUCAUCUAAUUGAAGUAAAACAACCACAACUCAGCAGAUGUAAUUAAUUAAAUUAAGGACUUUUUAGAUUAAUAUUUGUUGCCUAAUUUUCAGAUAUAAAACUUCAUAAAUGGUGUGCCUUAUGUGAUAAAAGAAGUGUUACAACAGAAGUUAAACUUUCUUUAUUUAAAUCAACAGAGCCCCCUGGUGGUCUGUAGUUGAACAGCAUGUGAAUGAACUAUCUUUGCAGCAUCCCUAUGUGGUGGGGAAAUAUUUAUGACAUUAAUUCUAAGCCAGCACCCCUUUAUUCUUUAUUUAUUUUUAGAUUUAUUUUAUUCUUAUUUGACAAAAGUCUCACCUGAACUAUCAGCAUUUUCACUUUUCACAGUUUAUGUGAAAACUAUUGAGUGAGGUCAAAUGAAAAUAGAUUUCUUAAAUGAUAUUUGAAAGUACAAUAAUUUCCCCGCCAGAAUUGUAUUGUUUUAUGUUUUAACCCCUUAACUUAAUCUAUUGCUACAAAAAUGCAUCAAACCACAAAAGCAUAAACGGGCAGAAUAGUUUUAUGUUUUUGGCACAUUUUCAUUGUUGUGGGGUAAUAUGAACUAAAUGUUCAACAUUAUUGACGAUGACAUAAGUCAGAACCAGACCUUAAAGGUUUAUUUUUGUAUGUAUGACUUGGCAAAAUAUAUGCUAAAAUAUCUUCUGUGCAAUAAAAACGAAUAUUUCUUCUUAAUAGACGAGCUGUCAAUUUAAAAUGUUACUUAGAAGGCUGUCAGCAGUUUUAUUUUAUUGCUGGAUUCCUACCAGUUUUACGUUUUCUAGAUCUGUUUUCAUUGAAUAACAAAAAAUGGGGGCGAAAAAUUGUUUAAUUGAAGUUUUUGAUUUUUUGCCAGAAAGGCUUUGAUGCAAACAUCCAAAAUAUUUCUUUUCAUUUGUGAAGUUGUUGUUUUUACUUUAUGUAAAUGAGCUCAAUAAAGAUUUUUGUCCAUUGUA